AUGUCUCACGGGCCGAACCGCACCGCGGGCGCGAGUGACGAGGAAAACUUCACGUACGAUCUAAGCAACGCUAUAUACGGCAGUUUCCCGUCAUGCGCCACCGACAUAUCGCCGCGAAGAUCGCGUGCCUCAUCAGCAGCAACAACCACUAUUAGCAAGCGCAAAGUAAACAUUACUUCAGCCCUCUCCCGCCAAAAUGUCGCACUCGCGCACAACAUUCCACAACAACAAAAAUCCCGGGGUCGCGAUCUACACAUGUCUAUCCACCACAGCACCUGUCUCAACCUCAACCAAAACGGCCAAGAUGGCGUAGAGUCUGAUCUAUGGAUUCUACCCGAACUCGAGGACUGGGAAGCCGAUGAAGAACCCAGAAACCCUGCAACUUCUGGUCAGCUCCUCCUAUCAACAUGUGCACCAGCCAAGCAAGGAGACUGGGCCUCACUCCUUCACCGCGCAGCAAACUCAAAUUUCGAACGCUUGCGCACCCGUCUCGAGGGCGAUGGUUGGGACUUUGUCAACAGCCGCUUCGGCAACUCGACCAAAAACCCACAAAUGGACGCUUCGGCCACUCAGAGUGAGGAGAGCAUCGACGAUGAAUUUGACGUCGUUGUCUUGACUGCAUCACAUGGCGCCUAA